GAUUACGUCACUCUGAGAUCCGUUGCCUGGUGACCGAGCGCAUCUAUGACGUCAUUAAACGGCUCCUAUAAAAGUAGUGAAAAAAAGCCGGAAGUUUAGAAAAUUGCUUCUCUUCGUGUGAGGUGUUUCUACUAACCCUCCUGAGAUCAUGAGAGAAGAUGAAUUUUCUCAGAGAACUCGUUGGAGAUGUUCCACUGCGCCCCCUGCUCUUCGUGACCGGAGCUGCAGCCGCCACCGCUGCGAUUUACUGGUGUAGUAAAGGAGGACAUGGAGAGGAGAGAAGAACGGAGGAGAACACAAGUGCAGGCCCUGUCUGUGACCCGGAUGGAGAAUCAGCUCUGGUCCAGCCCACAGAGGUUCCUCAGAACCAGGAUUCUGGGAUGAAGGAGAUGGAGAGGUUUCUGGGGCUGGAAGACAGUGUGAAGAAGCUGGAGGACAUUGUGAAGAGGCUGGAGGACGUUGUAAAGAGGCUGGAGGACAUUGUGAAGAAGAAGCUCCCAUACAGUGUGAAGAAGAAAAUGGAGGACAGUGUAAAGAAGAUGGAGGACUUUAUAAGGGAGUUGGGCGAGAUGCUCGUUGUUCUACACAAGGACUGGGAAUUGAAAAGCAAUGCCUUCCAGCCUGAAGCUAUGGAGAAAGAAAAUAAGUCUGAGGAGGUCAUUUCUAAUCUGGAGAAGGAGAAAACCAGCCUGAGUGAUGAGGUGAAGACACUACAAAACACUGUUCAGGAGAUGAAAAACCAGCUGUGUAAAUCUAAUGGAGCUUGUGACAAGCUACAGGAGGAGCUGGAGAAUCAGAAAGAGGCUCACAGUAACCUCCAGUUCGAGUAUGAUCAGCUGAAGAUGACUAUGACUAGUAAUGAGGAGCUACAGAAGGUCUCUCUGGAUGAAGCUGAACAGAUCAUUUUGCAGCUGGAGAAGGAGAAGGCCAUCCUCAGUAGUGAAGUGAAGGCACUACAAGACACCGUGCAGGAGAAGGGGAACCUGCUGUUUGAGAUUAAUAGAGAUUGUGACAAGCUACAAGAGAUCUCUGAUGCUCAGUUUGAGGAGAAGGUAAAGAAGGCUGAGGAGACCAUCGCUCAGCUGGAGAGUAAGAAGUUCAACCUGACUGAUUCACUGAAGACACUACGAGACACUGGGCAGGAGAUGAGAAACCAGCUGUGUGGGACUAAUGGAGAUUGGGACAAGCUACAAGAGGAGCUGGAGAAUCAGAAAGAGGCUCACAGUAACCUCCAGUUCGAGUAUGAUCAGCUGAAGAUGACUAUGACUAGUAAUGAGGAGCUACAGAAGGUCUCUCUGGAUGAAGCUGAGGAGAAACUUAAGAAGGCUGAGGAGUUCAUUUCUCAGCUGGAGAAGGAGAAGAACAGUCUGAGUAAUGAGGUGAAGACACUACGAGACACCGUGCAGGAGAUGGGGAACCUGCGGUGUGAGAUUAACAGACAGUGUGGUGAGAUAAAGAAGGAGUUUGAGGGUGAGCAGGACCUCUACAGCAGACGAACAAAGAUGAUCAAUGAGAUGAAGGAGACUUUAAUGGAGAAAGAAGCGUCACAGCAGGUCUUUCUGGCCGUUAAUGAGGAAAAACACCAGAUGGCUGCGGAGACCAUUGUUGAGUUGGAGUGUGAGAAGGUCCACCUGAGCAUCGAGGUGAAGUCCCUUUGGGAAUCAGUGCAGGAGAUGGGGAACCUGCUGUGUGAGACUAACAGAGAUUAUAAGAAGCUGACUGAGGAUUUCGAAAGUGCGCGAGAGGCUCACACCAUGCUUCAGGUUGAGUACGAUGAGUUCAAGACAAAUGUGCUGCAUAAGGAGGAGUUUCUGAAGGCCUCUGUGGAUGAAGCUGUGGAGAAACAGAAGGCUGCUGAGGAGAUUAUUGCUCAUCUGGAGAGUGUGAAGGUUGACCUGAGUAAUGAGGUGCUAAGGAUGCAAGACUCACUGGAGGACAUGGGGAAACUGCUGUUUGAGAGUAACAGGGAUUUUGCUGAUCUAACAGAGGAUUUGGUGAAGGAGCGAGAGGCUUACUGCAUCCUCCAGAGCGACUACGAUGAUCUGAAGAAUUUACAGAAGAUCUCCUUGGCUGAAUCUGAGGAGGUGAAGAGGCUGAGAAACACACUGGAGGAGGUUGGGAACCUGUUGGCUGAUUCUAACAUUGAUUGUGACGAGCUGAAGCUGGAGCUGGAGAGGGAGCAAAAGGCUCACUUCAUUAUCCAGUCUGAGUACGAUGAGCUGAAGAAAACUCUGUUGCACUACGAGGAACUUCUAAAGGUCUAUGAGGAUAAAUGUGAGGAGAAGAACCAGGAGGUCAUUGCUCAGCUGGUGAAUAAGAAUGUCAACCUGUCUGAGCAGGUGGAAAUAUUACAAGGCACAGUGGAGGAUUAUGAGAACAUGUACAUUAGGAAUAACAAGGAAUGUUUCAUGCUACUAGAGGAUUUUAGAAAAAAGCAAGUGGAUCACCAUAAGCUCCAGUUUGAGCACAAUGAGAUGAUGAAGACUUCCAUCCACAAUAAGGAGGCACUAAUAAAUGAGUUUGAGAGCAUGCAGGAUGCUCACUAUGUUCUCCAAGCCCAGCAUAAAGAACUGAUCAAGACUAUAUUGCACAACGAGGAGCUACUGCAGGAGUAUGAGAGAGAACAAGAGGCUCACAGCGUUAUCCAGUUCAAGUACGAUACGCUGAUGGAGGACAUGAUGCAAAAGCAGGAGCAGAUGAAGGUCUCCCUGGAUAAAGCUAUGAAGCACCAGAAGAAGAAUGAGGAGACCAUUGCUAAGCUGAAUAAUGAUAAACUCGAUCUGAUUGAGGAGGUGAAGUGUCUCCUGCUGUGUGAUACUCACCUGGAGUAUAACAUACUCAAGAAGGAGUUUGAGGAACAGAAAGAGGCUCACAGCAAACUCCAGAUCGAGUACAAUGAGCUGAAGAAAUCUGUGAUGUAUAAUGAGUAGCUACAAAAGGGCUUCUAGACUGCAGCUAUGAAAAAAGAAAAAGCAGGCUGAGGAAAUCAUUUAUGAGCUGGAGAGAGAAGACCAGCCUGUAAUUACAUUAAUUAGGAACAUUCUGUAUCUUCUGGAUCCAGUGCUGAGACAGGAACCAGCACAUGCAGAAACAGAUCUGGUUCACUCCAAACAUAAAAUAAAGAAGAUGAAAGAAAAAAUAAGAAGUCAAAA